AUGGCGAAUCCACGAUACUCCGACUGGUCAUCGGAUCCAGAAUCAACCACACAUGGAAGUCAUUCAUCGAUCGAACGCAUUGUCUGGACGGAUGAUGAUGGUAAUAAUCAAAUUCAUCAAAAGAAGACAUCCUUUGCCUGGACUUCGUUUUUUAAAUAUUGUACUGUUGGAUCAUUAGUUGGUGGAAUAGGUUUAGCUAUUGUACUCACAUUCUGGUUGACAUCAAAAACAACAGCAACGGAAACAUUAAUUGUAACAACAUCAUCCCCUAAUUCAUCAAGUAGUUCAUCUGUAUCGGCCUCAUUUGUUACUUCAUCGAAUACACCAUCUGCAACAACAUUAUCUUCAUUAUCAACAGUUCAAGCAGGAGUACAUCAACAAGCACCUCUACAACCAGUACAAGUACAUCAACAAGCAGUUCUACAAGUAGUUCAAGUACGAGUACAUCAACAUCAACAAGCACUUCUACAACAAGCAGUUCAACUAGCACGACAUCAACAACAUAUCUAUCGCAAAAUGCGCGAUGAUUUAUUAACAAUUUUCAUUUAUUUUUAUUUAGCAACAGCAACUACAACAGCAUUUAGUUCUUGUAACAGUCUACGUUGGAAUCAAACAGGUCAGAUCGUUGCUGGAACAACACAAGGUUUAAGUGCGAAUCAACUAAGGAAUCCAACAUGUUUAUACAUCGACAAUAAUAAUACUCUAUAUAUUUGUGAUCAGAACAACAAUCGUAUUCAGAAAUGGAUUCAAGGUAGUGCAUCGGGUGUGACAGUAGCCGGAAGUAGUACAGGUACUUCAGGUUCAACAUCUACAUUGCUAAAAAAUCCCACAGAUCUUACUUUUGAUCAAAAUGGAUUUAUGUAUGUGGUUGAUUCUAAUAAUAAUCGCGUGCAAAGAUUUGCUCCAAACUCUACUAAUGGCACAACUGUUGCUGGAACAACUGGUUAUUCAAGUGCAUUGACUGGCCUUAAUCGACCAUCAGCUAUUGACAUUGACAAUAAUUCAAAUCUUUAUAUUCUUGAUAUGGGGAAUACAAGAUUAGUAGAAUGGGCUCCAAAUGCAACAAAUGGUACUCUUCUGAUCAGUGAUCAUACUCUGAAUAAUGCCAAUGAUAUUCUACUCGUACCGAAUUCAUCAAAUCAAAUAUAUAUCAGUGUUCAAUUUGAUGAUGCAAUAUAUUUGUGGACAUUUGGUGCAUCAGCUCCAAGUAUGACUUAUCAAACAGUGAACGAUAGCCGAAAUACUCUUAACAACCCAGAGAGCAUGGUUUUAGAUCCGUAUGGUAAUUUAUAUGUUGCUGAUAGAGAUAAUAAUCGAGUAGUUAUGUAUUGUGCUAAUUCAACAGUUGGUAUUGUUGUUGCUGAAGAUAAUUAUUCUGUACUUUCACUUCAAAAACCAGUGGCUCUUGCUUUUGAUUCUGAUCUCAAUUUGUACGUGGUCACUGGAAAUAAUGGACAAGUGGUUAAACUUUCAAGAAUUUAA